GCGUUGCCGCCGGGGAGGUUGUGAGGAUUUUCAACCAGGCCUUGGGUUCGGGUGCUACCUCGGAGGAGUUCUGGGAUCGAGAGCUCGUACCAGAGACGACGCGCCGCUUUGGUUUCGAGGCGUCCCUGCUUUCUCGCCACAGGGUAAAGCCUCAUGCACUCCUGCGAGCUAUGGAACAUCAUUGCAGAGUCAGGUUGCGGUCUUCUUCGCACCGUGCGCCUCUGCAUGCCCCCGGGUGCCCGGAGCCCUUUGAGGAGGGAGAUCUGGCGUCCUUCGAUUCUGCAGCAUGGCAGCCUCAUUUUCCACACAUCAGAGCGGUAAAGGAAGAUACUCCUCUGUCGUCGGCACGGUUGUGA